AUGUCGGGCGGGACAUUUCUGAUCGUCAACCUCACACUCCCGCCGGACAUUUCUGAUCAUCAGCCUCACACUCCAGCUGUACAUUCCUCACCGUCAACCUCACACUCCCGCCGGACCUCACACUCCCGCCAGACAUUCCUCACCGUCAACCUCACACUCCCGGCGGACCUCACACUACCGCCAGACUUUCCUCAUCGUCAACCUCACACUCCCGCCAGACAUUCCUCAUCGUCAACCUCACACUCCCGCCAGACAUUCCUCAUCGUCAACCUCACACUCCCGCCGGACCUCACACUACCGCCAGACAUUCCUCAUCGUCAACCUCACACUCCCGCCAGACAUUCCUCAUCGUCAACCUCACACUCCCGCCAGACAUUCCUCAUCGUCAACCUCACACUCCCGCCAGACAUUCCACAUCGUCAACCUCACACUUCCGCCGGACCUCACACUCCCGCCAGACAUUCCUCAUCGUCAACCUCACACUCCCGCCGGACCUCACACUCCAGCUGGACAUUCCCCAUCGUCAACCUCAUACUCCCGCCUGACAUUUCUAAUCAUCAGCCUCACACUCUAGCUGGACAUUCUUCACCGUCAACCUCACACUCCCGGUAG